AUGAGGUGGAUUACUGCCGGGCCGGUUGUAGAAGAAGAUUGGAAUGCUUGCACACAGACGCUCGAGGGGCAUAGCGGUUCGGUCUGGUCCGUCGCGUUCUCACCCGACUCGAAGCUCGUUGCGUCCGGGUCGGGCGACAAGACCGUCAAGAUGUGGGAUGCAGCGACGGGUACAUGCACGCAGACGCUCGCGGGGCAUAGCCGUUCGCAUGAUGUCACGUCCUUGAAGUUGUUUGCCUCCUGGUCAGGUGACGCGAAGCUCCCCUAUCAAUAUGGUAUAAGCUCGGACUGCAGAUGGAUUACAAGGGACUCAGAAAACUGGCUGUGGCUUCCUCCAGGAUAUCGGCCGAGAUGUUGGGCCGUAGCGGGAUCUACGAUUGCCGCUGGCUGUGAUUCGGGACGUGUCCUAAUUAUGACGUUACCGGCAGACAGCUAG